AAUUGGUGAAUUUGAAUUGUAUGUUGGUGGCUCAUCAAGCUUCAAUUAUUUAACAAGGUGAAAUUGAAUUGCGAAACAAGAUUCUGAAUGACUGUUGGAAUUAUGUAUUCUUGUGCAAUGGGUUUGGGUUUUAAAGCUUAAAUUUCACCUUUUUUGGAUCAUAGUUGAAGUUGAGAUAAGAAUGGAUGGUAACAAAGAUAAGGCCUUAAGAUGCAUCAGUAUUGCUAAGGAGGCAAUUGUGUCAGGCAAUAAGAAGAAAGCACUUAAGUAUAUUGGAAUUGCAUGCUGCCUUGACAGUAAACUAGAUGUCAAUGAUCUUUUGGUUGCUUGUGAAAAGCUUGAUGCCUCAACUUAUGAUCACCCUACUGAAAUUGGAGAUGUUUCGACUGAGAAACAUGUCAAAUCUGAUGAGGAGAGGAACUAUACUGAAGAACACGUGCAUUUGGUUACACAAAUUAAGAGCAUAAAGGACUAUUAUGCAAUUCUAGGUCUAGAAAAGAGCUGUUCAGUUGAGGAGAUAAGGAAGGCAUACCGGAAGCUCUCCUUGAAAGUUCAUCCUGACAAAAACAAGGCUCCGGAAUCUGAAGAGGCCUUUAAGAAAGUAUCCAAGGCAUUUAAGUGUUUGAGUGAUGAUGACUCAAGAAGGCAGUAUGAUGAGACAGGUUUGGUGGAGGAAUUUGAGUUUAAUCAGCAGCAUAAUCUUAGACGUCGGAGGAGAAGAAUGGACCACGACUUUUUUGAAGAUGAUUUUGAUGAUGAUGAGAUUAUAAGGGCAUUUUUUGGUCAGUCUGAAAUGUAUAGGACCUCUUAUGUCUACAGGUCAAGGACCAAUGUCCGCCACCAGAGGGAGAAUUUAGGUUCCUCUGGGCCUAACUUAAUUCUCCUCCUUCAAAUGUUACCAUUUUUUAUCAUCUUUUUACUUGCUUAUUUUCCUUUCUCGGCGCCUCAGUACUAUUCCUUGCAGAAGAACUACUCUUAUCAGUUUAAGAAGAUGACAGAUAAAUAUGGUGUAGAAUUUUUCGUUAAAUCAGCAGAAUUCGAUAAGAAUUAUCCUCUUGGUAGUCCUGCUCGGGAGAACAUUGAAGACAAUGUUAUUAGAGAUCACAAAAGUACGCUUGGUCGUUACUGUCAUAUAGAACUCCAGAGGCGACAAUGGAACAGGAAUUACCCAACCCCUCAUUGUGACAGGCUUCAAAACUUUGGAGUAGCUUAAGGUCUGUCGACUGUGUGCAUGGAGCUAUAAGGUGGUGGUAAUUGAAGACUUGUAGUAUGCUGUGAAGCAAUAGGCUCUUCUGCUUGGUUGAUUAAGUAUGACCAGCCGUCUUAUAGUUCAGUUAUAUUGUUCACUUGAUAGCAUGUCAUAGCGCAAUUGAAACUAACAUCAACGAGGCUGCCAGCAUAGGAAAUUAUUCAGGGGUCGCAAUAUAUAGCUUCACAUUCAGAACUGCGCCUCGGAACACUGUCCAUGGAGCGUCAUAUUUCAGGCCAUUAUGAUGUAGGGCUUUGGGAGGGGGGGAGAACAAGUGUUUUUGGGCGAACCAAGUAUUCAUUGUUGGAAAGUUCGUCAAUGUGUACGUGUUUUGCAUAUGUGUAUUCAUUCUAUCAAUGUUUGCCAAGCAAUCCAUGAUCUUUCAUACCAACAAGUGCUAUAUUAAUCAUGUUUAUAUCAUAAGAAAGUUUAUUCAUGA